AUUUGUGAUUUGUCAAAUAUUUCUGAUAACCGAAUGGCAGGCCAAAGCAAAACCAGAAAUUAAAAGAAAUUACUGAUUUUUCAAUUAAGCCGUAUUCUAUUUAACUGGAAAUAUGUCGACCAAGAACAAGAAGGCCGCCGGUGGCAAUGGAGGGGCGCCGAAACAAACCCGCCAGCAGUCGCACGACUCGCAAGACUACAGCUCCUUCAAAACAGUGCUCUUUUACUGCAUGCUCAUCGUUUUCCUGCCCGUGCUGACCUUCUUCGUGCUGAAGGGCUUCGUUUUGGAUCAAUUCCUCGACAUUUCCGAAGUUAAAGUGAAUAUAGCAUCCGCCGUGGGAGCGGUCGUUGCAUUGCACGUCGCCCUGGGCCUCUAUAUUUACAGGGCCUACUUCGGCGCUCCCGGUUCCAAGGCCUCGAAGACGGACUAAUCCUCAUCUACCCCGGACUGUUACCCCAUUUCCAUUAACUAUAAGUCGGUAGAGAACUCUUGUACAUACAUGCUAUAUACAUAGAUACAAUUGUUUACAUGCCAGCAAGGGAGGAGAAAGUCGCCUGUAAACUGUGUGUAAUCGUUUUCAUUGCAUAAGUUUCGAUAACAGCGUGGAAAACGUGUUGUGUAGUGUUCUGUGUGCAUAAUUUGUAUUAAAAAUAUACAUAAAUAAGUGAAAUGCGUGUGCUACUAAGAAAUUAUUCCCUGAUGGAGGCCGUCAAGAGAUUGCUGCCGAGACCCCGCAAAAAAAUCUACAACCUAGGCGCUUGCUUCGAACUGGUGGAUAUUCCUAAGGUUACCUAAAUGAUAUAUUUACUCGACUUUCUAUUUAAAAGGGGUGGCUCGAGAAUUCGUUCAGGCUGACAUCGAUAAACUUGCUUUAUAUAUUUUGAUAAGAGCUCCAAAUAAACCUUUUUGAGUUUAAAAUGAA